AUGCAAGAAGCCUACGUCUUACAUGAUCAAUAUAGGAAUCAAUCCAUGUAAAACUACAUCAGUGGGGGCUCUCGUCCUCUGUAUUUCAAAAGGCCUUUGGUCCCAACGAUGACUGACACUCCUUUAAAAUUGAGCCAACCCCCAGUUUAAUAAGUGAAAGAAUAACCUCUUCCAGCAAAAAUUACUAUAGAGAGAGUCAAAGAUGUUGAAAUCUAAACUGAUUAUAGAGAAGCAGAAGCCUAAACGGACCCAUAUACGCCAGCACAUGAUUAAAAUGAAGACUAAAAUAUAGAAAUUCUAGCAUUAUAGCAUCUGAAAUGGGACAAGGGUUUGCCUGCUUCUAUUGAGGAAUUAGAGUCUAUAGAGUGGAAUCGAGAAAAGGUUUGGUUUGAGAAUGCAUUGCCUCCUAUAUCCGAUGAAGCAUCCUUUAAAUUGAGAAGAGCGCUGAUGAAAUCAUAAGAAGAAAGGGAGUGGAAGAAGAAGGAAACAGAUAUCAAGAUAAAUCAGAACGAGAGGUUGUAUUUAUUGUAAGAAGCUUUGAAAGAAAGAGAAAAAGAUGUGGAAGAGAAGAAUGCUUAAAGAAUUGAAAGCAUCAAAAUAAAGAAAACAGAGUUGAAGAACAGGAUGGUGGCUAAGAUCUAAAAGAGAAAGAUAAAAAUACUUAGAAAGAUGUAAAAAAGCAGAAAAGAAAUUGAUAAUGAGGAUAAGGGCAGAGAAAUCAUAGAAGAUUAUGCUAAUUUCGCAUCUAAAGUGUAUGCUGGUAUCACAAGGGAAGGAUUGAGUCUUGAUAAAAUAGCUAGCAAGUAUGAAGUGUAACCAGUUGCAUUAAAUACUUAUAAAGGUUUGACUGAAUUAUCAACUACAAUAAAACCUUCUAUUUUAGAAACUACAGUAAAUGUGGCUCAAUUUAUUAAAACUAUUGAAAAGGAUUACACAAGAUUGGAAAUUCAACAUAAGGUGGAAGUCAACAAAGCUAGAAAUCAAAUCUUUGGUUCAAAUAAACAAGAUCAAUCUAAUGAGAUCUAAGCCGAUCACAUUGGAAAUAAAAAUAUCAUUAUCAGACCUGCAACUCCAACAUAUAAUUAAGAAUUUGAAAAUGCUGAUGUUAAGAGAUAAGAGAUGAAGUUUGAAAAUUAUGAAUAAUUCAAAGUAGAUGCUGUUAGGAGAUAAUCAGAAGAUAAAAAGAAUUCAGCUAUUAUCCUCCUUCAAAGAUUAUUUAGAGGUAGGGCUAUGUAGAAUAUAAUGUAUGAAGGAAAAGAAAAGAGAACUGCCUUGAUUGAGGAGUUGUUAACUGUUGCUAAAAUACCAGAUCUACCAGAGGCUGAAUAAGAGGAAAUCUUGAUGCAAUAACAUGAAGAAAAAGUGAAGAAUGCUGCUUUGGAAGCUAUUCAAGGAGAAGUGAUUGCAGAGACUUUCGAUAUGUUAAGCAAAGAAUUGCUCAGAAUUAAAUAAGAGAAGAGAAUUGCUUAAAUGGUGAAAUCAGCUGAAGAAGAUAGAAGAUUAAGAGAAAUUCAGGAGGCUGGUACAAGAUAAGCAGAAUAAAUCUUAAGAGAUAGAGAAGAUGUCUAAUACAAUCAAAUUAUGAGAGUUCAUUAAGGAACUGUUGAUACAUAUUUACAUUGGAUAUUUAAGAAUACUAUAGAAUAAGCUGCUACAAGACAAGCAACCAUUAUGACUAAUCUAAGAAAACAAAAGAUGAAUACUCCUGUCGAAUAUUUUGAAAGGAAAUACAAUAGUGAUGAAACUAUUAUCAAAGACUUAGUUUAGCAAUUUUUAAUCCCAAAUGUACAAAGAUCGAAGUUAUAAAAACAAAUAUAAAUUGAAGAACGAAGAUUUAAUGAAGCAGCUAAAAAAUCAAUUCAGGCAACUUUAUCACAGGCAGCCUAAUAGAUUAAUCAAAAAUGA